AUGCUUAUUCAGCUGCAGCAACAGACACCAAUUGAGGUGGGUGAAACUUAUGCCAUCUCCGUCCAGUAUCUCCCAACCGACCACCACAACGCCACCACCACCAACAGCACCAACGGCAUACACUAUUUGGCCAUCGACAGUCAGUACACAACAAUCCACCGAGGGAGUUUCCGACAGUUUAGCGACCGGAAACGGUACAACCAACGCUACGAUCUCCAGUACGCCAUUAGCGACCUCAGAGGACUCAACAAGUGGCGAAAGCACCUCCAAAGCACCCGCUACAACAGUGUCAACAAGUCAAACCCAAAAAGGUAUCGCAAUAUAAACGACAAAAAAUUACAUAACCACAUAAAGCAAAGGGACAGCAGUCGGGGCAUCUCAUCAGCAGAUAAUGAACCAUCGGAUACAUCAACCGUCUCACGAAUAGACUCAACAGAAUAUACAACAUUAGAUGAAUUUACAGAUGAAGCAACAGACGAACCAUCAUAUACAUCAACCAUCUCACGAAUAGACUCAACAGAAUAUACAACAUCAGAUGCACUUACGGAUGCAGCAACAGAUGAACCAUCGGAUACAUCAACCGUCUCACCAAUAGACUCAACAGAAUAUACAACAUCAGAUGCACUUACGGAUGCAGCAACAGAUGAACCAUCAGAUGCAUCAACCGUCUCACGAAUAGACUCAACAGAAUAUAAUACAUCAGAUGCUCUUACGGAUGCACUUACAGAUGCAGCAACAGAUGAAUCAACAGAUACAUCAACCGUCUCACGAAUAGACUCAACAGAAUAUACAACAUCAGAUGCACUUACGGAUGCAGCAACAGAUGAAUCAACAGAUACAUCAACCGUCUCACGAAUAGACUCAACAGAACAAUCAACAUCAGAUGCAGCAACAACAGAUAUAGCAACAGAUGAACCAUCAGAUGCAUCAACCGUCUCACGAAUAGACUCUACAGAAUAUAAAACAUCAGAUGCUCUUACGGAUGCACUUACAGAUGCAGCAACAGAUGAAUCAACAGAUACAUCAACCGUCUCACGAAUAGACUCAACAGAAUAUACAACAUCAGAUGCACUUACGGAUGCAGCAACAUAUGAACCAUCAGAUACAUCCACCGUCUCACGAAUAGACUCAACAGAAUAUAAAACAUCAGAUGCUCUUACGGAUGCACUUACAGAUGCAGCAACAGAUGAAUCAACAGAUACAUCAACCGUCUCACGAAUAGACUCAACAGAAUAUACAACAUCAGAUGCACUUACGGAUGCAGCAACAUAUGAACCAUCAGAUACAUCCACCGUCUCACGAAUAGACUCAACAGAAUAUAAAACAUCAGAUGCUCUUACGGAUGCACUUACAGAUGCAGCAACAGAUGAAUCAACAGAUACAUCAACCGUCUCACGAAUAGACUCAACAGAAUAUACAACAUCAGAUGCACUUACGGAUGCAGCAACAUAUGAACCAUCAGAUACAUCCACCGUCUCACGAAUAGACUCAACAGAAUAUACAACAUCAGAUACACUUACGGAUGCAGCAACAUAUGAACCAUCAGAUACAUCCACCGUCUCACGAAUAGACUCAACAGAAUAUAAAACAUCAGAUGCUCUUACGGAUGCACUUACAGAUGCAGCAACAGAUGAAUCAACAGAUACAUCAACCGUCUCACGAAUAGACUCAACAGAAUAUACAACAUCAGAUGCACUUACGGAUGCAGCAACAUAUGAACCAUCAGAUACAUCCACCGUCUCACGAAUAGACUCAACAGAAUAUACAACAUCAGAUGCACUUACGGAUGCAGCAACAUAUGAACCAUCAGAUACAUCCACCGUCUCACGAAUAGACUCAACAGAAUAUAAUACAUCAGAUGCUCUUACGGAUGCACUUACAGAUGCAGCAACAGAUGAAUCAACAGAUACAGCAACCGUCUCGCGAAUAGACUCAACAGAACAAUCAAUAUCAGAUGCAGCAACAACAGAUACAGCAACAGAUGAACCAUCAGAUGCAUCAACCGUCUCACGAAUAGACUCAACAGAAUAUACAACAUCAGAUGCACUUACGGAUGCAGCAACAUAUGAACCAUCAGAUACAUCCACCGUCUCACGAAUAGACUCAACAGAAUAUAAAACAUCAGAUGCUCUUACGGAUGCACUUACAGAUGCAGCAACAGAUGAAUCAACAGAUACAUCAACCGUCUCACGAAUAGACUCAACAGAAUAUACAACAUCAGAUGCACUUACGGAUGCAGCAACAUAUGAACCAUCAGAUACAUCCACCGUCUCACGAAUAGACUCAAGAGAAUAUAAUACAUCAGAUGCUCUUACGGAUGCACUUACAGAUGCAGCAACAGAUGAAUCAACAGAUACAGCAACCGUCUCGCGAAUAGACUCAACAGAACAAUCAAUAUCAGAUGCAGCAACAACAGAUACAGCAACAGAUGAACCAUCAGAUGCAUCAACCGUCUCAAGAAUAGACUCAACAGAAUAUAAAACAUCAGAUGCACUUACGGAUGCAGCAACAUAUGAACCAUCAGAUACGUCCCAUCAGAUGACCCAACAGAUGUAA